GUUCGCUGAACGCACCCAUUCAUACAAAUUUAGACGUUUUGAAUCAACCGCGUAUGACUAGUGCCGCUCUCAUGCUUCUCUCUGCAGUAAUAUCGACUUGUGUACAUGUGGUAGGUUAGAGAGAUCACCGUUCCCUUCCUGUUUAAAAGUCCAAGAUGGCUCGUGGCCCAAAGAAACAUCUGAAGCGUCUUAAUGCGCCUAAGGCAUGGAUGUUGGACAAACUGGGGGGUGUGUACGCCCCCCGGCCAUCCACUGGUCCUCACAAACUCAGGGAAUCACUUCCCUUAGUUAUCUUUCUCCGCAAUAGGUUAAAGUAUGCUUUAACUAACUGUGAGGUCACUAAGAUCAUGAUGCAGCGGUUGAUCAAGGUGGAUGGAAAAGUUCGCACUGAUUCUAAUUAUCCUGCUGGUUUCAUGGAUGUUGUUACUAUUGAGAAGACUGGCGAAUUUUUCCGAUUGAUUUAUGACGUGAAGGGUCGUUUUACCACGCAUCGCAUCACCGCAGAAGAAGCCAAGUACAAAUUGUGCAAGGUGAAGCGCGUUCAGACCGGCCCUAAGGGUAUCCCCUUCUUAGUGACGCACGACGGUAGAACUAUUCGUUACCCUGACCCGGUCAUAAAAGUCAACGAUACUAUUCAUCUGGAUAUUGCCACUAGCAAGAUUUUAGAUUCCAUCAGAUUCGAUUCUGGUAAUUUGUGCAUGAUUACCUCUGGAAGGAAUUUAGGUCGUGUUGGUACUGUUGUCAGCCGUGAACGUCAUCCCGGCUCCUUCGAUAUCUGUCACGUGAAGGAUGCGCAAGGACAUACAUUUGCCACAAGGUUGAAUAACGUCUUCAUCAUUGGCAAAGGCACAAAGGCUUACGUAAGUUUGCCAAGGGACAAGGGUGUGAAGCUAUCGAUUGCCGAAGAGCGUGACAGAAGACUGGCAGCGAAAGGAGUGAAUUAAUAUAGGGAGAUAUAAAUAUAAUUUAGACGUAAUGUGAUUAACAAAUUUACAAGAAAACAUUCAAUAAACCGAAGCUGCUCCACGUAAUUUUGAUCAGAA